UUAAUUGCGUAUAAUUAGAAUAAUUAACCACAAAACCCUCACCAGAACAGCUGUUCCUUCCCUGGUGUGGAUGAAUUGACCACAGAAAGAAAAAAAACACAACACAAGGAAACAGAUCGACAGCAUCAUCUCGACCGUCCGUACGAAUCGUAUCGAACUCAGCCGCCGCCGGGAGACAAGGAAAAAGGCGUCGGAGAGGGUGGGAAAAAUGAAUGGCUCGGCGGCGUACCGGAACAUGUCUUAUGUGACGGAUGAGUCACGUUACGGGAAAAUCGUGUGUUACCCGCAAGAGUACUUGUACGAGAAGAACGAUCAGAAGAACUUGGAAUCGGGCGGCACCCUCGCUUCCGCCCUUCCCUUCUUCAUCACGCAGAUAUUCGUCGCUAACCUCACGUACCGAAUCCUCUACUACUUGACCCGACCUCUGUAUCUGCCCCCUUUCGUGGCUCAGAUCCUGUGCGGUCUUUUGUUCAGUCCGAGCUUGCUCGGGAAUACAGAAUUCGUCAUCGAAAAUAUCUUUCCAUAUAGAUUCACAAUGAUCCUCGAGACCUUUGCGAACUUGGCUCUUGUCUACAACGUUUUCCUUCUCGGUCUCGGAAUGGACAUCCGAAUGGUCAGACUCACCGAGUUCAAGUCGCUGGUCAUCUCAGCCGUCGGCCUUUUAGUCUCCUUACCUGCCGGAGCCGCCCUCUACUACUUACCAGGCAAUGGUGAUUCUGACAAGAUUCUCGCAGGCUGUGUGUUUUGGUGCAUAGCUCUUUCUUGCACCAACUUCCCCGAUCUUGCCAGGGUUCUCGCCGACCUGAAACUGUUGCGUUCAGAUAUCGGAAGAACUGCAAUGUCUGCAGCCAUUGUCACUGAUUUAUGCACUUGGGUUCUUCUGGUUUUCGGGUUUGCUGCUUUGAGUAAAUCAGGAACUUGGAACCACAUGAUGCCGUUUGUCCUCCUCGCCACUGGAGGGUUCAUCCUCUUGUGCAUACUCGUGAUCCGACCAGGAAUCUCGUGGGCAUUCUCGAAGACCGUAAAAGGAGGCCACGUGGACGACACGCACGUUUGGUUCAUCCUAUGCGGCGUCGUCCUUUGCGGCCUCAUCACCGACGCAUGCGGUGUACACUCCAUUACCGGAGCCUUCGUGUUCGGACUCUCCAUCCCUCACGACCAAAUCAUCAGAAACAUGAUCGAGGAGAAGCUCCAUGACUUCCUGUCUGGAAUCUUGAUGCCACUUUUCUACAUCAUCUGCGGCCUAAGAGCCGAUUUUGAAUUUAUGUUUCGGUAUGUCGACCCCGCAAUCAUGGGCUUAGUCGUUUGCACGUCGUUUUUGCUGAAGAUCGUCCCGACGUUCAUUGCGUUAUUGUUCAUGCGAACGUCGUUUAGAGACGCUCUUGCCCUCGGAACCCUAAUGAACACCAAAGGCACUUUGGCUCUCGUCAUCCUCAACGCAGGCCGUGACACCAAGGCUUUGGACAGUCCGAUGUACACUCACAUGACGAUCGUGUUUCUGGUUAUGUCACUAGUGGUGGAGCCGUUUCUUGCCCUAACGUACAGAGCCAAGAAGAAGGUAAUACAUUACAAGCUCCGAACGAUACAGAAAAUCAAAGGAGAUACAGAGUUUCAUGUUCUUGCAUGUGUCCAUAUCCUUCCCAACGUCCUCGGAAUCACCAACCUCUUGAGAGACUCCAACCCCACGAAGCAAUCUCCUCUUUACGUCUUUGCCGUCCACCUCGUCGAGCUCACUGGCCGCACCACUGCUUCUUUGCUCAUCAUGAACGACGAGUGCAAGCCCAAGGGGAACUUCUCCGACAAAUUCAGAGCUGAGUCCGAUCAGAUCGCCGAAGCCUUUGAGGCUAUAGAGGUUCACAACGACUCGGUCGUGGUCCAGACCAUUACAGCUGUCUCCCCUUACACGACCAUGCAUGAGGAUAUAUGCGCGCUCGCAGAGGACAAGCGUGUCUGCUUCAUCAUAUUGCCAUAUCACAAGCAUUUGACAUCUGAUGGUCGGAUGGGCGAAGGGAACGCAUCCCACGCAGAUAUCAAUCAAAAUGUUCUAAACCACGCGCCUUGUUCGGUCGGGAUAUUAGUGGACCGUGGCAUUGGCAUGGUCCGGUCCGAGUCACUCCACGGCCUGCCCGCCAAGAGAAAAGUGGCGAUGCUCUUCGUGGGCGGAGCUGAUGACCGCGAGGCUUUAGCGUAUGCUCGACGGAUGGUCGGACAACACAUGAUCGAACUCACGGUGGUGAGAUUCGUCCCCGGCCACGACGCAUUGGUCUCGGCGGGGAAAACGGCAGCUGCGUACGAGAGGGAGAAACAAGUGGACGACGAGUUGAUAUACGAGUUCAACUUCAAGACCAUGAACGACCCUUCAGUGACUUACAUCGAGAAAGUCGUCAACGACGGACAAGAGACGAUCUCCACGAUACGAGAAAUGGAAGACAAACACUCUUAUGAUCUCUACAUUGUCGGAAGAGGGUAUAACGUAGAUUCUCCGGUGACUUCGGGUUUGGCCGAUUGGAGCAGCAGUCCUGAUUUAGGCACGAUUGGGGAUACACUCGCUUCGGCCAACUUCACUAUGCAGGCUUCGGUUCUUGUGAUUCAACAAUACUCCGCCUCAAACAGGCAAGCCGCCGCCGCCGCCGGAAGCGGCGGAGAAGGGGAAGAGAAAGAAACCGCGAAGAUAUCCCGUGAUGCAGAGCCUUUCAUGAUGUCCAAGUACAUUGACAAUGACGAGGACGGCUCUGAAGAAGAGGAAGAGUUCCAGUUGGGUAUUCACAAGUGAAACGUUUUUUUUUUUGGGCGGCCGCAAGCAUUUAGUUAUAGGAACAUGUAUUUGUUUAUCUAU